AUGGCAAAAACAUACAACACUAGGGAUUCGCUGGUGGUCACCCACCCAACUACUAAUCUAGCGGUUUGCAGCUUAUCUAUAGGAGAGCGGACGGGAUCCCGAGUUCUCUGUAACCUAUGGUCGUAUGUGUCAAAGCUUGGUAUUAGUGGAACUUAUGUAGAACUAAAGCCUCCCUUGAGCUCGGAGAGAAACACUUAUAAUAAGGGCGAUACACAUCCCAGCACGACUAAAAUUAAGUAUACUAUAAAACGAAACCUUAGGACUAAGGAUAAGGACUAG